UUGCGGAACCUGAAAACUUCCUUAAGCUGCAGUUGCUGUCCUGGCCUCCUAGGACAUUCAGCUGCUCGUCCUGUCCCCUGCCAGGUCUCCACAUACCCAGCCAGAUCUUGAUAACUAUAAAUCAAUACUAAGAGCCCUGGAUGAUAAAGACCAAGGAGACUCUAACAAAGGUUCCAGGAGAGGUCCAAUAUUUGAACCCGGGAGAAGAACAACAAAAAGAAUGAGUGCUUCUCUGGUAAACACUUCACAGGGCCUGUUAACCUUCAAGGAUGUGGCUCUGGACUUCUCACUGGAGGAAUGGGAAUGUCUCAAUUUUGCUCAAAGGGCAUUGUACAUGGAUGUGAUGAUGGAGAAUUACAACAAUCUUUUGUUUGUCGAAAAUCAUCUCAUAUGUGGAAAACAUGGAAAGGUCUUAGAUCAAGACAGAGAGUGCAUUGUCCAAGAGCAUGUGAAGAUACAAGAGAAGUCUUCUAAAUGUAAUGGGCUUAGCAACAUGAUUAAUGAAUCCACCCAAAGUACACCUUAUAAAACUAAUGACAGUGAUGUUGCUCUCCAAUCCUCCAACCUUAAAAGACAUAAAACUGGGAAAACCAGAGAAGUUUGCAAAUAUAAUGACUGUGUAAAGUGUUUAAAUGAGUGCACUCUCAUUAGUGUAAAUCAAGGAAUACACUUGGGGAAGCAAGAAAAAAGCAAUAUAGAAUUUGUUAUUGAUUAUGUCCCUAAACAUAAACUGAUGCAGAAUCAAACCAAUAAUGGCAAGAAGCUUUACAAAUGUAGUGAAUGUGACAAAUGCUUUAGCCACAUAAAAACUCUGAGAUGUCAUCAGAGAAUCCAUACAGGAGAGAAACUGUACAAAUGUAUUGAAUGCGACAAAUGCUUUACCCAGAAAGGCUGUUUUAAUAAUCAUCAGAAAAUUCAUACAGGAGAGAAAUCAUACAAAUGCAGUGAAUGUGACAAAUGCUUUAGGUACAAAGAUGGUCUGAGAAUUCACCAGAGAAUUCAUACAGGAGAGAAACCUUACAAAUGUAGUGAAUGUGAUAAGUGCUUCACUGAUCAAGGCAGUCUGAGAAGUCAUCAGAAAAUUCAUACAGGAGAGAAACCUUAUAAAUGUAGUGAAUGUGACAAAUGCUUUACCCUACAAUCCCAUCUUAGGAUUCAUCAGAGAACUCAUACAGGAGAGAAACCUUACAAAUGCAGUGAAUGUGACAAAUGCUUUACCCAACAAUCCAAUCGGAAUAAUCACGAGAGAAUUCAUACAGGAGAGAAAUCUUACAAAUGUAGUGAAUGCGAUAAAUGUUAUACUGAACAUGGCAAACUGAGAAUUCAUCAGAGAAGUCAUACAGGAGAGAAACCUUACACCUGCACUGAAUGUGACAAAUGCUUUACUGAAAAAGCCACUCUGAGAGUCCAUCAGAGAAUUCAUACAGGAGAGAAACCUUACACAUGCACUAAAUGUGACAAGUACUUUAGGUACAAAGUUAGUCUGAGAAUUCACCAGAGAAUUCAUACAGGAGAGAAACCUUACACAUGUAUUGAAUGUGGCAAAUGCUUUACCCAACAAUCAACUCUGAAUAAACAUGAGAGAAUUCAUACAGGAGAGAAACCUCACACAUGCAGUGAAUGUGGCAAAUGCUUUACCCAACAAUCAAUCCUGAGUAAACAUGAGAGAAUUCAUACAGGAGAGAAACCUUACAAAUGCAGUGACUGUGAUAAAUGCUUUACUGAAAAAGCCACUCUGAGAGUCCAUCAGAGAGUUCAUACGAGAGAGAAACCUUACACAUGCACUAAAUGUGACAAGUACUUUAGGUACAAAGUUAGUCUGAGAAUUCACCAGAGAAUUCAUACAGGAGAGAAACCUUACACAUGCACUGAAUGUGGCAAAUGCUUUACCCAACAAUCAACUCUGAAUAAACAUGAGAGAAUUCAUACAGGAGAGAAACCUUACAAAUGCAGUGAAUGUGAUAAAUGCUUUACUAAAAAAGGCAGCCUGAGACAUCAUCAGAAAAUUCAUACAAGAGAGAAAUCUUAAAACCUUAAAAAUGUAGUUAAUUUGAAAAAUGCUUUACCCCAAAACAUCAUCUGAACAGUCAUCAGAGAAUUUAUACAUGAGACAAAUAUUAAAAAUAUUCUGUUGCAAAUGCAUUAUCACAACCUCAAUUGGAGAAAUCAUCAAAGGUUUCAUACAGUGAAGAAAAAUGUAUUA